AUGGCUUUUCAGCCGGCGUUCAACGCCCGUCUGAUAAACGAGGUUCGGAAAUAUCCGUGCCUUUAUAAUCACUCAAGACGUGGUUCCGGUGAUACGACGGAACGUCAAAGACUUUGGGAAUCAAUUGCAAAGAAUAUCGAUCCGAACUGUGCAGCUGAAUUCGCUAAGAAGCGGUGGUUGCAGCUGAGAGAUCGAUACAGAAAAGAGUUGAAACUUGCGAUUAAGAAUGGAUUUGUCACACCGGUUAGAUGGUGUUAUUUUAAUCAGUUGUCUUGGUUGGAUCCAUUUUUGAAAGAUAAUAUUGCCCAAGCAGCAGACGAAAAGAAGAGCGAUCUUAAAUUUGAUGAUAACGCUCCCAACACCCCGUUCAACUGGUUUGGAUUCCCAAAUUUGAAUGGAAUCAAAUACGAAAUGGAGGACGAGGACAGUGAUCCAGCAUUGGAAUCAUCGGUUCUUGACAGACUUUUGGCACAAACGGCUCAAAGAUUGGAUAGUAUUUCUCCGGAAAUUGAAAAUGAUGAAUCUGGAACACAAAGUUUGGAUGGAACUGUGGAUGUGGAUGGAGUGGAUGGAGAUGAUGGAGAAGAAGAAGAUAUGAAACUGAAACCAGCAGAUGAAGAAUUCGGAGGAGAUGAUGAAGAAGAGAACAUUGAAAAAUCUCCGGCUCCAGUAAAAAGUCAAGCAAUGGAAAUGCUCAAAAAAGUAAUAAAUGCACAAAAUGCUGAAACGAUUGUUCCACCACAACCUCCACAACUUCCUCAACUCCCUCAAAAACCAUCAGUUGAAACAUUGAUCGCUGCGAACCAGGCAAGAUUUGCUCAUCAUUUGGCAGCUCAAUUAUCUGGAAUGGGAUCAAUGCUCCAUGGAGCAAUCAAGUCUGAAAGUGCAGCCACUCCAGUCAUUACACCAACUCCACCUCCUCCUACCUCAUCAUCACCUAAUAAUCAUUUUCAUCCUUAUAAAGAGGCAUCAAGACAUCGGCAUCAAAAACAUGCUGAAAAUCUAAUGAGAAAUCAUUUACAGCAAGUGAGUUUUUCGAAGUUAAACCAAUCCUAUCGCGUUGGACGGGUUGCUCUCGAGUGGUUGAAUGAUGAGGAUUUGUUGUAUAGCAGAAUUAUUGGUCUGAAAUUGAAGAAGAUGGAUCCGAAAAAAAGGAAAAAGGUCCGUCAUCAAAUAAUGUCAUUACUUGAAGAAACAGAUGAGCAUGUUGAUAACGAUGAUUCUUGUAGUUCCCAUAGCCCAUCAGCCCCAGAUAACGAUGAAGAUGUUACCGUUGAACCAACGGAAAACGAGAUUCCAUCGACAACUUGCUAA